CAGUGGAGCGAACGCAUCCCAAGAUCGAACUUUCGCCGAUGAUGGUGAAAGGGAGGUGCGUCAGUUCUGCCCACGAUACUGAUAACAACCUGACGCUCUGUCUUCGAAGCGAAUGAACAAUUUAUUUAAAAAAAUAAAGUGACGUUACUAGUUCUUAAGGUGCUUUAAAUAGAGCUGGAAGCAACUUCCGCAACGUACAAUUAUUCUACUGCCUAUUUGUAUUCCAUUAAAGCAAUAAACUGUACCAAGUCGGAGAGGAGAUCUCAAUGCCGGAGCAGAGCAACGAUUACCGGGUGGUGGUAUUCGGAGCUGGAGGAGUGGGCAAGAGUUCUCUCGUUCUCAGGUUCGUCCGGGGCACUUUCCGAGAGUCCUACAUCCCCACCAUCGAAGAUACAUAUCGACAGGUAAUCAGCUGCAACAAGAACAUAUGCACGUUGCAGAUUACCGACACAACGGGUAGCCACCAGUUCCCUGCCAUGCAGAGACUCAACAUUUCGAAAGGCCACGCCUUCAUCCUGGUUUACGCCGUCACCUCUUCGCAGUCGCUGGAGGAGCUCCGCCCCAUUUUCGAAGUCAUUCGGGAAGUGAAGAGCGGGGACAUGGAGGGUAUCCCCAUCAUGCUGGUGGGCAACAAGUGCGACGAGACCGACGCCAGGGAGGUGCAGACGACCACCGGCCAGGAACAGGCCAAGAAGUGGAACUGUGGAUUCAUGGAGACCUCUGCCAAAACCAACUGCAACGUCAAAGAGCUCUUUCAGGAACUGUUGAACAUGGAGAAGAGGCGCAACGUCAGCCUCAACAUGGACACUAGCAAGAAGCGGUCGCAGCUGAGGAAAGAAAAGCUCAAGGGGAAGUGUUCCAUCAUGUGAAUGGCCGCACACCUGUUGACGCGUCUCGCUUUUACUCGCACAAACGACAGAUCGAAGCUCUACUCAUGCCCAAAAUUCAUUAUUUCGCGAGCUGAAAAAUAAAGCCUCGUUCUUAUUCCUCCUUUAAUUGAUACGUUCACGAAGCUUAUGUAUAGUCUUACUCUCCUGAAUCGCUGCUCAAACUACAUUGAUUCGCUGGUUAACCUACAUUGAGUCAUUAAUUGCUUGAACCAGAUUCUAUAAAGAUUAUUGGUACAUAAUAUUUUUUUUAAUCGGUCACAAUGUUAGUCAAGUUGCGACUUAAAGCUUAAAUCUAACAAAAUCAAAUUUUCUGUAGAAUUUUUUCCACCAAAAAAUAUGUGACUUUCAGAAAACCAUUUGAAAAUAAGAUCUAAUAUAGUUCAAAAGUUUGAUUUUCUCCAGAUUUAAAUCUCCCAGCCCCGCUUGCUCGUGGGUCGUAAAGCAUACAGAACAGAGAGUACAAAAUCCUAACUUGUAAAAAUGUUUUCUUGUAUUUUGUUUUCAUGCUGUAUUAAAAUUUUAGAGUAAACUGAAAAAUUAUUUUCACGAUUUACGACUGUUUCUGAAAUUUUUGAACCAAAACUUUGAUUUUCAAUUAGAAUUUCACAAACUGGUUUUUAUUUCCAUAUCAGGAAACAAAAAGUCCUCUAUUUUAAUUUUACCUUCAGUCGAUAAUUGAAUAAAACAUGCAUCUACAUUGGAAUGUAAGAAAACAGCCUAUUAUUUCUUAUCAUCUAGCAAUCUGUUCAAUAGCCCAGAAAUUUUUUGUUAUUUCUAUAAUUAUUUUUUUCCCUUCAUAUUAGAAAAUAGUUCGAUUUAUGCUAUUUUUAUUUUGAUUUAGAUAAAACGUUGUUCCUCCCUCGCUUUAAAAUAUCAAAUUUAAAAACGCAAUGCGAUAUAAUAAUCUGAAAAUAAUUGAGUGAUGUUGAUAUAUAUACAAUAUAUUACGAAGGCUUUUUUUUUCUUCUUCCUCAAAAUAAUACUUUUGGGCAACUUCGAAUAAGUGGAAGCUUAAUUCGAUCUGUCUUUGUUCUAAUUCUACAAAUAAUAGACUAUUGCGGGCUAAUUAUUGGCAGAAUUCUUUUUCUUAAAUUGAUCCAGGGCAACGAACUUAAAAGAAAACACGUUCGAUUGCCAUUUCCGAUCAAUCCAAGGAGCCAUGAAAAGAAAGGAGCGAUUAUUUUUAUUUUUAUGAAAAUUUUCCUUCAUUACUGCAAGAAAAUAAUGACCUAACCAGGUCAGUGAGAAGGGUAUUAGUCAUUUCUUCAAUUUUUGUAAAAUACAUUAUUCAUUAUUUUUAAAACUAGCACACUUUUAUCGUAAUAGAAUUGUUGUAUAAAUGAAAAAUUUUCAGCUACAUAAGAUUCUCUCUAUUGCUAGCCGUAGCAAGCGUGAUAAUAGACUGCAUGUACAUACAAUUUGUCUAAUAUGGAUUUCUAAUGAUGUCUAACGAGAAAAUGAUGCCACGAAGGGACGUACACAGCUUUAUGCAUUAGACAGACUCUCAAGCGUAGUGAUCUUUAUUAAUACAUAUAUGACGUGAUUUUAGACUGUUAUAUAUAUUUACACAGUUAUUUUGUUUAUUCUUUUUAAUGAA